ACAAAACUCAUUUCCUUCCUCUCUCUGUUUCCUCUGUUUCCCCUGUUUUCCUCUGUUUUUGUUUCAACAACAAUGAGCACAAACACACAACAUAGUUACAAACUCUCUGUGAAAAAAGCCACAAGAAGAACAAGAAGAAGAAAAAUGGAAGAAAAAUGCAAGUCCAAGAAGAAGCUUUCACAAAAGCUAAAAGCUCUUAAAAAUUUAAUUCCUUCUAACAAUGGAGAUGAAGUGAAAACUGAUGAGUUGUUUAAGGAAACUGCUGAUUACAUAGUUUUUCUAAGAACAAGGGUGUUGAUUCUUCAGAAGCUUGUUGAGAUUUAUGGAAACAACACUGAGAAUAAUGAACAUGAUGUAUUGUUAUAGCUAGCUUCACUCUCCUUCAUGGUUCUUUUUUUCUUUCUUUUUCUUUUAUUUAAAUGUUUUAUUUAAUUGCCUUUUUAUUAAUGAAGAAAAAUGAGACAAGAUCUUUGUUCUAGUAGUUUUUUUUUUUUUUUUUAAAUUUUCAUUAGAUUUGGCUAGGGCUUAAUUUUAUUCUCUUUGGUGGAAGAGAGAAACUGGGAUGGAAGAAAUUAAUGAAGAAGUAAAGAUUGGGAAUUUGCAAAGGAAAUCCAAUGCAUGUGAUAUUUUUAUUUUA